UUGAAAACGUUUUUGAAAUCAUUUCAGUUUCCACAGGUCAAGCAGUCCAUGGCGAAACUUGAAAGCUUCGUAUACGUAGCUCUUCUCUGUUUUGCGACAUCCUCCUCGUUCUAUAUUGGUCCAAUCGCCCCUCAGUAUUACACGCUGCCCGAGGUUGCACGAUCCGCCAUUCCGCAUGCGGUCGCUCGUUUGGAACAAGCAGACCCGCGACUAUCUCAGUUGCUGAUGGCAAAGAAGCAAGCCCUAAGAAUAACGAAUGAUAUAAAUUCGGAAAUUCAAGCAAUUCUGCGGGAUAACGUUUAUCGUAGGACAUUUGAUGGUGGGGUCGAAACAGAUUCAAACGGAGAACCAUUCCUGAACCUCAGACCAACCAAUCGUCUGUCCGCAAUUAUCGGAGCACAGGGCGGGACCUGGUUCCCAGGCCCCUCUGGUGUAGGUAUGACCGGAAGUCGCAUGCUUGGGGGACAAGCGGAUUACAUAAGUCGAUUAAGCCAGGUUACAGGUUUUCGUAGAACCCAGGAACAAUUACCGUUACCAGUCCAGACAGGGACAGUAGGCCCAUCAUCGGCACUGCUACAAAGAGCCCUGGCGUUUAGAAACAUGAACUCUCAAAUAGCUAGCCCACCUCAGAGUCAAGUAGUACCCUUGAGGCAGAUGCCUAUAGGACAGCAACCCAUAGAGCAGGCUAAUCAAAUCAGUGCACGAACUUUCACACCGGCAACAGCUCAAUCAACAACAGAUCCUUCCGAUGAAAUAGAGAGUAAGUAAACGAUCGUUCUCCAUGGAAGCAACUCUGUCGUUCUAUUGAUCAGUGAAACCCUUUGCUCAAAGAGUUUAGGGUCUGGGUCAUGAUUGAUUUGCAACAUCUUUCGCUAGGAGACCUAGAGCAGAAUGAAUUUUUCCCCAAAAGUAAAUCUUGAGGUCUUCUUAUGCCUUAAUUAAAUUACGUUCACGUGACAUGACACGUUGGUGGCGAAUGCCGGUGGAGAAUAAACAUACCCAACUUUCUACGUUUGGAAUUAAUGUACGGAAAGUUCAAAAUUAAAGUUUUGAGUAAUUCAAGAUUAAAUUUGGGCAUUUAAAAUGAUGUUCACAUUUACAAUUUUUUAUUGAAGUGUAAUGGACGGUCAUUACAAACGUGAAGUUUUAGAAAUAUUUAAUAUGAAUAAGAAAAAUGUUAUUGCGCGAUUUCUUUUAUGAAACCUGCCACCAAUUUGUCAAUUAUUUACGAUUUUAGCAAAAUAGUCACGUGACAUAUCAUGUAACUUAUUAACACAAUAUUUAUACUUUAAAAUGUUAAAGAAUAUGAGAUCUUUCUGUGACAAAUUUUGAUUCCGCUCAAGAGAUCAUUCUGAUCAUUCUCUAUUGUUCAGCUCCAUAAUCUGUGUCAAUAGAGCCAAUAAAUCAUUUUCCACGGGUAGACCCCUCGGUCCCAGGCCUUAAACUAAUUGAGUGUGCAUGAUUUCAGUCACAUCAUGAGUAAAUUUUACUCUUACCUUUCUGAGUUGUUUAGGUUAGCCUGUGUACAGUCGCUUCCUUCCCUAAAAAUAUCGAGGGAAGGGCGUGGCUGUACUCAAGCUACUUUAAGUGGGAUUAAAAAGGAUCUAGUCUCAAUACCAUGUGUACAAAUCUGAGUGAGUGAGUAGCGAUUUUGAAUUUUUACAAUUUGCUAACCAAAAUUGGCUGGAAGUAGAAUGAAGGUAUAUCAUAAUGGAUCGCUUGUUCCGCAAAAGCCUUGUUUUGUUCCCAUUUUCGUAUACGUGAAAAAAAAAACGCCUGUCGUAUGUUGUUUGUUUUUCACGAACCAACACCCACAGUUUUCUGUAUAAACAUUGUUACAAAAUUUCAGGAGAUCAGGAGAAUCUCAGGGCUUAAGGGGGGAGGGGAGGGAGGGGGGUCAAGGUUCCGCACGUAUUAAAGUUAUAUUGAAUAGCUGGGUGUUCCCUGCAAAUUUUAGGCUCUUAGUGUGAGCUGGGUAUAGAAAUCCCUCCGCUUUAUUAUAGUAUAUUAGGAACAAUCAACUUUACUUGAUUUAAUCCAAGGGGUUAAGUAUGCAUUGACUUUUUAUCGUAGGGAUUCUUCAGUUGGGUUUAAUUUAUUGUUCUUUGGUUCAAUCUUGUAAAUUUACAAUCUUGUAAAAUGUUCUUUGAGAUGAAACAAUAACAAACAAAAUAAUCGCUCUCUUCUUAACCCCGAUGGAAUGCUCCCUUAAAUAGAGUAUCAUUGAUCUGACUCAUCAAGCUUCCUUUUGUUUCAGAACUUGGAAAUCCUAAAGAAUUUGAUGAAAAGUGUGCAGUGCUUAAACUGACAUUUGAAAAAUCAAACGGGGCUAUGGUGUUUGAUGAUUCUCCACAAAGGAACGAUGCGAAGCUUAAGGGAGAUGUCCACGUAUCAAAAGACGAAACGGAUCUCGGGCAAUCCGUUGUUUUUGGGAACAACGGUAAAAUUGUCCUUCAAAAUGGCUUCAAGGGAAAACCGAAGAAAUCUGUGGCAAUAUCAAUGUGGGUGAAAUUAAAUUACGUGAAAGGAAAGGUGCCACUUAUAACAGCAACCGACGAAAAUAAUUUUGUUCGCUAUGAUCUUCUUCUGCACAAUGGCAAGGGUGAGUGGAUUCACAGAGGGGAUUCUGGGCGAGAGCUCUUUCAUGUACAGUCCAGUUCCUCGGAUGUAACCGCUGGCGAAUGGCAUAACAUCGUGGGCAGCUAUGACUCCCGGUCCAGGACCGCGUCACUGUGGGUUGAUGGGAAGGAAGUGAGCAAACAAGAUGGUGUCAGCGGUAUGCUGUCACAAAAAUGGAAUAAACUGAUCAUUUUUGGAGCCAAAUCUCGUGGGGACAUGGAUAACGUAUUUAUGUUCAGGUGUCCUUUGGACAAAACUAAAAUCGUGGCUUUGUACGUGUCUGACGCGUCUCACAAAGACGUUAAGAAGGAUUAA